AUGACAGAUAAAGUAGUCGAAACUGUUAGCACAACGCCUGUAGAACAAUCAUCGCCGACACAAACACAACCUUCCACAGGAGGUGAAAGGAAAAGCGAGUCGACAAAGCGAUCACGAACUAAAUCAUCCGGUUCCAAACGGCGCAGAAAGAAGAAGAGGGAAACACCACCGGAAGGUUUCGACCAGUGGCCGGAAGCUGAUCAGAAAUAUUACCAGCUUCGAUGGGCUUAUCACCCAACACAUAACACUGAAAUGAAUGCUUAUAAAAAAACACUGCAGGAAGUGAUACCACUGGAAAAAACUGAAAAUCUUGAUGUCGAUUUCUAA